AUGACAGCAAAAAUUCAAGAAUUAGAACUUUUGAUCGAUAAACGGUCACCAGAAGAAAACAGUAUCGGAAUGCUCAACAAUAAUAUGCUUAUUGGGUCUGUUAUCUUGAAUAACAAAACUUCGAUAAAUGGGGUGGGCAAUACUAGAAACUGGGAUAAUUCAAUAUAUCAAAAUUCAUUGAACCCCCUAAACGAUCCUAUUUUGAUUUCAAUUUUAAAUCGCUUGCAAUUUAAUUUGAAUAAUGAUAUGGAGUCGAAGGUGAAAGGAGUAAAAAACCCCAAUAACUUGGAAAUGAAGACUAACUUGAGACUGGAACAAUUCAAAAAGGAAUUAGUACUAUAUGAGCAGAACAAAUUCAAGGAAUAUGGCAUGAAAAUUGACCAAAUUGCAAAAGAGAACAAAAAGCUGUCUAAUGAAAUCGGGAGAUUGAGAGAACGUUGGGAUAGUUUAGUAGAAAGCGCCAAACAAAGAAGGGAUAAACAACGAAACUAA